AUGUCCAAAGAUAGUUUCCUCUUCGUUCCAUAUCACGCAGGCAAUCCCGAUCUGGCCGCGCACAAGCUCGCCAACUCCGAUGCUCGUUCACAUGCUGCUGCGGUCUCACGUCAACGCAGGGAGACCAGACGACUGAAGACACGAUUUGGUGUUGAGAAUUCGAACGAUCCUACGCCAGCGAUUCAUGGCAUUGCGGCGAAACUCUCUACAGAAGCUGUCCGUCCUGAGGACUAUGACCACGGCAGUGUACACGACCUGAUGCAGGAUGAUACCCUAUCCGCAGGCAAGAGUGGCUCAUGCAUGCAACACCGACAAGAAAUGAGAGCCAUGCAAUUUACAUGGCGUGCUGGUAAUCUGACAGCUGAUCUACAAAUCUCUGGCGGACUGCGCAUCGACCCUUUUGGCUUCACACCUUCUGACGACUUCGCAAGAUCUGCAAUAGACUACUUUACACAAGUCAUCUCUCCUAUCAACCAGCCCAUAUACGCAAUCUUCAAUGUCACAAAUAUCUACACCUCUUACUGGUUGGAAUUGAUGCAGCACGAAGAUUAUAGACCUGUGGGAAUUGCUAUGGUAGGCGCCAUCAUGUCUGCAUGCAAUCCUGCUUCACGCAUGUCGAAAGAGGUCAAAUCCAACCAGACAUUAGCAUUGUCGCGGUUACAAAAGAGACACAAAGAGGCCCAACGUGCUGAAGAGCCUGUACACGAUGAUGUUUCGAUAAUUACUGUGCUUGGGCUUGCCAAUCUAGCACGCUUCUUAGGCGACAACAGAUCUUACGACGUGCACAGAUCCAAUGUGAAGAGCAUGGUUCUGUCCAGAGGUGGUAUGCAUGCUUUGGGACACCAGGGAUUGGCGGCGGCAUCGGUCUCACAAUGGGAUAGCUUUUGGACAAUUCAGGAGGAUGGCAUACCUCUCUUUCCAGAAUCACGGUUGGAGCAUAGGUUGGUGUACCCUGCAUUUCCACUGUCACCAGAUCUGCGGGAUGUUUUCAUGAAGCUGCCUGUCGGUUUUCAGUCACUCGUUCUUAAAGGUAUGAUAUCUGUCGAGUUGAUGGAUGUCCUAGGCCGUACUGCUGAAGCUGUUGUCCAUGGUGUCGAAGCUUUGUCGCCUGGCAAUAUGUGGCACUCCCAGAAGCGCAGGUAUCGAGACUUCCUCGAGGCAUGUCCUACCCUAGCAAUACCUGACGCCUCCAAGACAAUGAUCGAGAAAUAUCUUACGCUAGCUCUGUUCCUCUAUUGUGCUAAUGCCUUCACCCACGCGAGAUCUAGCUCAUCGUUGUUUGGAGCCUCACGUAUCGAAUUGACUCGUCUACUACUACGAGAGAAUCAUUCAUCCUGGCUUCAGCUUGAGAAGGAAUGUCUUUACUGGAUGUGCGUGGUUUGUAUUGACGCUUGGCGGCAGCACGAAACGAAACUACGCCUGCUACCCAAAGGACAAAGCUUGAUACCAUUGCUAAAGCACAUAAAGAAAGACAUCGGGACACAUGAUGUCCUACAGCGGUUCUUUUACAACCAAGAACUACUGAACGGAUACCUCAGAAUCUAUCCCAUAAAAUCAUGUCGUGGCUUCUCGGUCAAGUCAUCAACGCUUGGCCGCAAAGGCUUGAAGUUUGACCGCUGCUGCAUGUUUGUUGAUGAUAAACAGGUCUUCAUCACGAUUCGGAACAAACCCGAGAUGACUCUGAUCAAGACUGGAAUCAGUGAAGAUGAGUCAGGUAGAGCCAAUCUCACCGUUAUAUUUCCAGCCGUGGUAGAAGUCGGAGGAGUUGGAGAGGAGUCAAAGGUGGAUUACGAUAGAGCGACGACUAUCUCAGUGCCGCUGGAAGCAGACGAAGAAUGGUUAAGCAACAAUGCGAAGCUCGUUGAGACGGAGAUAUGGGAAUACCAUACCGAUGCUUAUGCUUUCACAGCACCGGAAAUUACAGAUGCAGUUACUAAGUAUUUUACAUCUUGGGACAAGGACGCAAAGUACAGAAAAGAGUUCGUGAAUUUUCCCGAUGUGCUACCCAUUCAAGUCGCUACUGAAGUCUCGUUGAACGAGCUCAACACGCGGCUGAAGGAACAACAGGGAACAGAAAUCACAAUCGAGCGCUUCCGACCGAAUAUCAUCGUCGACAGUGACAAUUUGAAGCCAUGGGAAGAAGACGAAUGGAAGACAUUGCGUGUCAACCCACCUAAGUCGCUUGUUGGAAGCUUGUCCGCGCUGACCGGUAUCAACAGCCAGUCGAUUGAUAUCGACGUUGCUGCGCGCUGCGCAAGGUGUCAAGUACCUAACGUUGACCCCGAUACUGCUGUGAAGAACAAGAAAGAACCUUGGAAUACGUUGGUUUCUUAUCGACGCGUUGAUGAGGGUGUUAAGUACAAGCCGUGUUUCGGGAUGUUGUGCUGCCCACGAAGUGAAGGCUAUAUCGAGGUGGGGAUGGAGAUUGAGAUUCGCGAGGUUAUGCAAGCUGCUGGUGGAACAGGAGAGCAUCAUUAUGUUAAGGGUUUCUGA